AUUGUCAACAAAGCUGUUCGUAAACGCUUUGUAAGCUUAAUAAAUAAACUCUCAAAGAGUGUUAGACUUUAGCAUUCCUCAGAAGACAGUAUAAACACCACGCAUGCAACAAGAGAGAAGACAAGCGCGAACAACUUCACACUUUCCARUCAAGAAACGACCACUGAACCAGGGUACGGAAAGUUCAUGGGCUGUGGCACCAGUCGAAUAAAACCCCAGCAAUCCAAGUCCUCCCGUCGAGACUCCCAUGUUACCAUGGAGUCCCAGCAACGCACGGUCGCUGCUUACCGUCGACAACGCAUCGCAAGGGACCUGGAACAAGAYACUUAUCUUCGAGCAGAGGCUGAGGUAGAGAAAGCGUUGAUGUUAAAAAGGAACAGUGUGGACGAAAGACGACCAUCGUAUAUUUUACGAGUAUUGGGUGACUUGGAAGAGAUUGAGGAAGGACAAGAAGAAACAGAAGAGAAACAUCCUGUCAGCACGGUUGAUUCGUCCAGCGAGGGGAACAUCAAAAACAAAAGCACUACUUCCGAACAUCUCACGACCAAAUAUCAAUCAAGUAAUCAUGAAUCCGAAUACUUCACGCAUAAAAACGAGCAUCAAACGAAUGAGUCCGAGGAUGACAMGAAUGAAAAAGAGGACACGAUUACGCACGAACACCAAAUGAAUGCAAAUGAACAUGACACAAUUACACCCGAGCUCCACGCAAAUGCAACCGAAGAUUGCGGCGAGGAAAGAAAGAACUCUGAUAAAAACGAAUCCGAAAGUAUUAUGGAAAAUAGAGAAAAUUGCGCAAACACASAGRAGCCCCAAAMGAAUAGYGAAGAAAACCCUUCACAAGACGAACCUCCAAACGAAAACAUUUCAAACACAGAAAAUGAAUCAGAAAAUGAUACAAGAGAUGCAAGCUCAUGUGAGGGGCAAGGAGUUUCWGGCUCAACAGACGSAGAUCACGUGAUUGAGAGACUACACGAUAAAAAUGAGAACAAAAUUAACGAAACAUUGGAACUAAACACGACAGACGUUUURCAUGAUAACUCUACAUUAAAUAAAGACGUUCUGAAAGACAGCAAUGCCUUAAUUGGUAAUGACAUUGAAGCGAAUGAUAAAGACAAUGUUGGUUGAGGUAUAGCACAUUCAGAUAUAAUAGUAAUAACUACAACCUACAUGUAAAAUUCUAAAAGRAAAGAGCUACGGCUGCGGGAAAUGUGUGGCUAUAGCUACCCUAAUCAGCUACCUACUAUCACCCAUGGGCGUAUCCAGAAGUGAAGUUAGAGGCCACUGGCCUAAUAUUAAAUAUAUAUAACACGAAUUCAAAUGCCAAGUACGAUGGCAUCAAAGCCAGGGGUACGUUUUCAGAGUAUUGACUUAAAUGCCAGAUAAUAUAUACGAUGCCAGAUGUGCCCAAAUUCGACCUUACCGAUAGAGGUAUAUGUCAGCGUGGUUAUGGAGCUCGGGUAUAUGUAAAAGUAAAGUAUGGCAAAGUGGGCGCGGCGACUGCACAUAUAAAGUCGCAUGGCAAACCACCACGACCGGUACACUGGCGUCGUAACAUAUAACGUUAUCCGGCAUCGUAU